CUAACCCAAACCCAAACCCAAGCCCAAACCCAAACCCAAACCCAAACCCAAACCCAAACCCAAACCCAAACCCAAACCCAAACCCAAACCCAAACCCAACCCAAACCCAAACCCAAACCCAAACCCAAACCCAAACCCAAACCCAAACCCAAACCCAAACCCAAACCCAAACCCAAACCCAAACCCAAACCCAAACCCAAACCCAAACCCAAACCCAAACCCAAACCCAAACCCAAACCCAAACCCAAACCCAAACCCAAACCCAAACCCAAACCCAAACCCAAACCCAAACCCAAACCCAAACCCAAACCCAAACCCAAACCCAAACCCAAACCCAAACCCAAACCCAAACCCAAACCCAAACCCAAAACCAAACCCAAACCCAAACCCAAACCCAAACCCAAACCCACGACUAAGAUUACUCAACCUUUCUUGUUCGAUUCUGAACUUGCUCAGGAUUCUCCACAUCUUCUCAGAUACCUCAUUUCAUGUAAAUAUGGUAAUUUAUUGGCAGGUCAAAUCCUUUCUCAAAUAUAUCUGGUAGAAGAUGAAGAUGGAGAUUUAUUUAGAUUGGCAAAGCAAUGUGGUGUCCCAGAGGAGAACUCUCCAAACUCAAUUGAGCAAUAUCCUAAUAUUUUACUGAGAGGAAAUAGAAAAGAGUUGAGCAAUGUAAAUACAGAUCCCAGAUUGUGGUAUUUUCAUCCUACAGAUAAUUGUAAUUAUUCACUCCUAGAUUUCCAAAAAUACUUAUUUGGCUUGGAUUGGUAUUUACUUUAUUUAUUUGUUUUAGGAUUGAGAUUUAAAGAACAUGUUGAAAAAGUUAAACCAAUUCUCAAAGAGUAUAAUAUAGGUCUCUAUUAUCACUUUAUUAGACAAUUACUUCCUUCAACUUUAGAAAGAAUUGAAUGUUCCAAAAAAGCAAUUGCUAAUGGAAUUCAUGAAGAUAUUCAAUUAAUUAAUACGACAACAGAAGAGCCAGAAAUACUGUUGUGGAGAAGUCUUGCUCGUUUAUUUGAGGAAGAAAAAACAGAGUAUGAAUCCACUUCCUGCUAG